GUUGCGACGACUGCCGGCCGUUGUGGGGAAAAGCUGGGGAAAACUGGAGCGCCGCGACGCAAUGACCGAGGUCAUGCCACAGCUAACCCGAGGCUCAAUGGCAGACGCGGCAAGAGUACAAUAGAGGUCUCCACCAGGCCCUCGCUGCCGCUCCAUCGUCAUUCUUAGCAGAGUCGUCGUUAACACGGUCUGAUUAUGGAUCUCGCUCCUGCCGCCGCCGCCGCCGCCGCCGUGGCUGGCGCAACCGCUGCCGCCGCCUAUCUCGACGCCAAACUGCACCUCCGCAAGGACCUCCGCGCCAUAUGGACGGCCAAGAUGGCUGAGCGCGAGUUCGCUACACAGGGCAAGCAAGACCGCUACUCGCUCUGGUACAACUUCGAGGCCCAGGUAAACCGCCUGCCCGCCGAUGAGCAGUGUCUCUGGUCGCGCACGGGCUCGUACACCUGGCAGGAGACGCACGCCCACUCCUGUCGCUAUGCCCAGUUUCUGCUGGAGGCGGGCGUGCACAAGGGCGACCUCGUGGCCUUGUACCUGCUGAACUCGCCCGAAUUCGUCUUCUCGACCCUGGGAUCCUGGUCCAUCGGCUCGGCGCCCGCCCUUAUCAACAACAAUCUCGGUGGCGCCAGUUUGGUGCAUUGCCUCAAGAUCUCCGGGGCCAAGGUGUUGUUGGCGGACGGCGAUGCGGCCUGUCGCCAGAGGGUUGAAGAGGCUCGCCGCGAAAUCGAGGAGGCGGGCUUGCGUAUUCUCUUCUUAGAUGAUGAGACGAAGACGCGGAUAACGGCACAGGAGGUGAAGAGGCCGGAGCGAAAGCACAGGGAAGGCGUCAAGGGCGACUUUCCCAUGUGCCUGCUCUACACCAGCGGCUCGACCGGCCUCCCAAAAGCAUGUCCGUUCCCUCUCGCGCGUGCAUCCGUGCUCUGCAGCCCGCGAGCACGCAGCCUGGGUAUUACUCCAGGCCCGAAGGGCGACAGGUGGUACAACUGCAUGCCCAUGUACCAUGGCACCGGGUUCACGACGACAGUGACGUGCUUGUGUAUCGGCACCACGCUCUGCAUCGGCAAGAAGUUUUCGACGUCGGGCUUCUGGUCCGACAUUCGCGACAGCGACUCCACUGCUUUUGUGUAUGUGGGUGAGACAGUCAGGUACCUGCUCGCCACGCCGCCGUCCCCCCACGACAAGAGCCACCGCGUCAGAGUCAUGUUCGGCAACGGGCUGCGCCCCGACGUGUGGAAGCGGUUCAGCGAGCGCUUCGGCAUUGAAUGCGUGUCCGAGUUCUUCAACAGCACCGAAGGCGUCUUCGCGCUGCUCAACGUGUGCCGCGGACCCUACCAGCAGAGCGCCGUUGGGCACCACGGCGCAAUUAUGCGCGCCAUGCUUCAUAACGUCUUUGUCCCGGUCGAGAUCGACCACGAGUCUGGCGGUAUCUGGCGGGACCCGAAGAGCGGGUUCGCGAAGCGCAAGCCGUACGACGAGGGCGGCGAGAUUAUCGUCAAGGUGUCGAGUGAGAAGGCUUUUGUUGGCUACUGGAAGAAUGCCGACGCCACGUCCAAAAAAUUCGAGCGCAACGUCUUCAAGCGCGGCGACCUCUACUACCGCACCGGCGACGCGCUGCGCCGCACACCCGACGGACGCUGGUUCUUCCUCGACCGACUAGGCGACACAUACCGCUGGAAAUCCGAAAACGUCUCUACAGCCGAAGUAUCGGAAGCGAUGGACAGCUUCCCCGGCGUAGUCGAAGCCAUUGUCUACGGCGUCGAAGUAGCGGGCCACGACGGCCGAGCCGGAUGCGCCGCGCUAUUCGUGCCGCCCGCCCAGCGCGACCGCUUCGACAUGGACGCGCUGCUGCGCCACGCCCGCGCGCGCCUGCCUAAAUACGCCGUCCCGGUGUUCUUGCGCCUGAUGGCGACGCUGACGCCCAUGCAUAAUAAUAAGCAGAAUAAGACGCCCCUGAGGGCCGAGGGCAUCGAUGUCGAGCGUAUUAGGGCUGGCGCUAUGCCUGAGGAUCGCAUGAUGUGGUUGCCGGAGGCGGUGGGGAUGGCGAGGCCCGGGACUGGGUACGUCGAGUUUGGGGCGAGGGAGUUAGAGGCGCUGCGUGCGAGGGCGAGGGCCGCGUUGGGGGAGGGCGGGGGUGAGGGCGGCGAGGUGGCGAAGUUGUGAGUUUGGUCGUUUGAGGUGAGGUCGGGGUUUGGGUUAAUCAUUGUUUUUGAGCGGACGGGCUGGCGCUGGCGCCUUGGAGCUGGGGGUUUGUUUUGGGUUUGGGUGUUGUUGGGUUGUUGUUGGAUGAUGAUGCUGAAUGAUGGGUUUUGUAUGUGGAUGGCUGACUGCUUGGGGGAUUCUUUUGUUGGCUUGUUUAUUUGUUUGUUAUUUGUUUAUAUGGGAUAUGCUGAGGUUUGCGGUACAUAUUUACGUACAGCUAUAUAUAUUAUAUAUAUUAUAUACGCCU